AUGGAAAGAGAGAAAAUCAACUACUUCUGGAUCGUGGAGAAGAAGACUCUCACAGAAAAGCAGGCUGACCUCCGAAACAAACAGCGAGAACUGCAAGAUCUCGAAGAGCGGCAGCAGAUCGAGCUGAAGAUGUUUCAGCAAAGGCUGAAGCACUUAAGAUAUCACCAGCAGGAUGAGGUAGUGGAGCUGAAGACUGACGCCGAGCUGUCUCUGAAGCUCCAGGAGGAUCAUCAUAGAAUCACAGAGGCUGAGAUCAAGAAGGAUCAACGGGCGCUGAAGAUGGAAAAGAAAGAAUCUGAAGUCGCACAGCAGGACUUCACUCGUAUGCUGAAGUUGGAGCAGGACCAGAAGAUCUUGGAACUCAGACAUGAGUUCGAUCGGAAGGCCCGCGACAUGCAGCAGAAGUACGAGCUGCGGAUGAAGACCAUCCGCGAAGAAAUGGAGAAGCAGAGGCGCAAACAGAUACAGAAGAUCGAGGAGUCCAAAAAUGCUCAGAUUGAGCAGGUUAUGAAGAAGAACAAUUUGGACUUCACGGAAAUCAAGGUGUACUACCAAGAGAUUACAGUUUCCAACUUCGACUCCAUCAAGCGACUGAAAGAGGACUAUGCAUCCAUCAAGAAAGACGAGAAUGACGAUGCCAAGAAGAUGUAUGACCUCGAGCAGCGAAGCAAGCAGCUGAAGGAGCCGAUGAAGAAGGCCAACCAGGACGUUGAACGGCUAGAGCGGGAGCAGGUUGCAUACGAGGAGGACAAGAAGCGCCUCACUUCAGUCAAGGAGCAGAUCAAGCAGUCCGAAACGCUCCUGAAGCGCAUGGAAUUUCAGCACGAGGUUCUACAACAGCAGCUUUCCCAGGUGACCUCAGAGCGGGAGGACCUCUACACGAAGUUCCAGCAAGCAAUUUACGAUGUUCAGCAGCGGAGUGGUCUGAAGAACCUCAUCCUUGAGAAAAAGAUUGACACCGUAGAAGAGGCCCUGGAGACAACAGAAGCUCAAAUUACAGAGCUGCUGGCAUCUGCCAAUGUUGAUCCGACAACGAGUGCUGGCAUCACUCAGAAGCUGGAUCAGGUGAUUGCCUACAAGGACGACAUCGUCUCCCAGCUGGAGGAGGAAGUGCAGCGCAUCAGGGACUCGCACUCAACAAUGGUCAAGACCUACGAGUCCAAAAUGGCAGAGUACGGCGUGCCUCCGGAGGAGCUCGGCUUCGUCCCAGCGGUUGGAUAG